GGGCACUGUUUCUUUCCCUUGGACCCCUUCUUCUUCAAGAUCUGUUGCCUUCCUUCUUUUUCUCUACCAGAUUUUGUAUUGUACCAGACAGAUCCCUUCACUUCCAUAUCCUUUUUAUCUUUCUUUGUCUGAAUCCUUACAAAAACUCUCUCACUUUUCAUUCUUUUGGAUUUUUUUUUUCUUCUUUUUUAGUAUUAUUUUUUGGAUUUCUCUUCCGGGUUUCAAUAAUUGUCACUUCCCAAGUAUUCUGAGUUUUUGAUCUACUGUACAGAGAAGAACGUCUUCAAAGUUUGGUUUUUUCUCCGAGUUUUUUGUCCUUCAAAAAAAAAAACUUUGGUUGCUAUCUCUCUCUUUCUCUGUUCAAGAAGAUCCUAGCUUGAUUUAUAAUAUUGAGAGUCUUAUACACUCCAUUUAAAGCUCAAGUUUUUGUAAUUCUGAAUUAAGCUGUAUCAAUGUGUCCCUUAAUGUUCUAGAUUCAGGAUACAUUUGGAAAAAAGAAAUGGGUAAGAGUUGGUUUUCAGCUGUGAAGAAAGCCUUAAGUCCUGAACCAAAACAAAAGAAAGAACAGAAGAAGCCACAUAAGGCCAAGAGAUGGUUUGGUAAAUCCAAGAAGUUGGAUGUUGUUACUAAUUCUGGUGAAGCAGAUUCUUCUCGUGCUGUCCAAGACGCGAAACUAAAGGAGAUUGAGGAGCAACAGAGCAGGCAUGCUUACUCUGUCGCUAUUGCUACUGCUGCAGCUGCAGAGGCAGCCGUUGCAGCUGCUCAAGCUGCUGCUGAAGUUGUUCGUCUCUCUGCAUUGUCACGUUUCCCUGGGAAAUCAAAAGAAGAGAUCGCAGCUAUCAAGAUUCAGACAUCAUUUAGAGGAUAUAUGGCAAGAAGAGCAUUGCGUGCGCUGAGAGGCCUUGUGAGGCUAAAAUCUUUAGUUCAGGGGAAAUGUGUGAAACGUCAAGCCACAUCAACAUUGCAAAGCAUGCAAACACUAGCUAGACUACAAUAUCAGAUACGUGACCGGAGGCUUCGGUUGUCAGAGAAUAAGCAGGCUUUAACGCGGCAGCUCCAACAAAAGCACAAUAAAGACUUUAAUAAGCUUGGAGAAAAUUGGGAUGAUAGUACACUGUCGCGGGAUAAAGUUGAAGCAAACAUGUUGAACAAGCAAGUAGCAACAAUGAGAAGAGAAAAAGCUCUUGCAUAUGCAUAUACUCAUCAGAAUACAUGGAAAAACUCAAGUAAAUUGGGUUCUCAGACAUUCAUGGACCCUAACAAUCCACAUUGGGGUUGGAGUUGGCUAGAACGUUGGAUGGCUGCUCGACCAAACGAAAACCAGGCAGUCACACCAGACAAUGCAGACAAAAACUCUUCUGUGAAGAGUGUAGCUAGCCGUGCCAUGUCUGAGAUUGUUCCACGUGGUAAAAACGUUUCACCAAGAGGAAAGACACCAAACAGUCGAAGAGGAUCAAGCCCGAGAGUGAGGCGAGCCCCUAGCGAAGACUCGACGAGCAUGUUGAGCAUCCAAUCAGAACAACCUUGCAACCGUAGGCAUAGCACUUGUGGAUCAGUUCCAUCAACUAGAGACGAUGAAAGCUUCACCAGUAGUUUCUCUCAGUCAGUUCCAGGCUACAUGGCGCCUACACAAGCGGCCAAAGCAAGAGCUCGGUUCUCAAACCUUAGUCCUUUAAGCUCAGAGAAGACAGCGAAAAAGCGGCUUUCCUUCCCGGGAUCUCCAAAGACUGUAAGGCGGUUUUCAGGUCCUCCGAAGCUGGAAAGCAAUGUUACUAAGAAAGAUACUAAUCUUGCUUAAGCAGAGGAUCAUGGAUAACAUAGUUUAUAUCUGACGUUGGUUGAUUUAGGCAAAAGUCUGAUGCAGAGAGGUGAAUUCAGAGAAGAUUCUGUUAUGUCUUUGUUUUAUAAUAACUAUUGGCUUUUAUUUGUUUUUUUGGGUAAUUUUUUUGACUACUACAAAACUUAAUUAUUUGUUAUUUUUUUUUUUUCAAUUGGUUAAUAACAUCUGAUUAUGUCUGUAAC